CGCACUAACCUCAUAAUUGCCGCCCUCAGACAAACCUUUCACAUUCACAAAAUUAAUACAAACAACAGAAUCAAAUCCAAAUUUCGCAUUCAUACAGUACUAUGUAUGCACCUUCAAAUUCACGCUAUCUAAAUCCAAUCCUCUGCGAUUCUGCUUCAGUUUCUGUUCCCCACCGGAGUUGCAUAGAAGUUCUUUUUUGUUUGCUUUUUAUGAUCCUCUUUUUCUGCAGGUUGACGAUACAGUAGUCAUCCGAAGAUCCGAAUCUAACUCCCAGAAGGGAGCAUAAUUGCAAAACUCAAUUAUUGCUUUCCAAUUAAUCGGAUAAAACCAAUUUUUUUAAAACUUCACUCCUUAAGAAUCCAGAUUCUGAUUUUGUUGCUAUAUGCAACUGUCUUCUUUUGACCCCUUUUUUUUUCGAAUUUGAUCUUGUGAAUUGGUUUUCUAUAAUCUUUGAUUUUUGAAGUGGGGUUUAUGAUAUUUGAUCAAUACUGAUAUCUGGCACUUGAAUUUAUGCCCGAAAUCGCAUAAAUAUCAGAUAUUUUUGGGUGGGUUUUUAUAUUCCGGAAGAGCAGUUGAUUUUUCCCAAAUAAGAAGAUAUAGAGAAGAGAAGAAGAUGGCGAGAAGUAGAGAAAAAGAAGAUCUGGAGAGCUUGUCGAAUUCAUCAGUAACGAAGGAUUCUUCUAUCAGCCUGCUGAAGCUUAUCACAAUUUUGAUAAUUUUUGUGGUGGGGGUAGUUAUAGGAAUAUCUUCCAGUUCACACAUUGAUCGGUAUUUCACACUUCAAACAGAGCAGUUUAGUUUAAACAAUCAUGCUGCAGAUACGGCAAAACAAAUCGUGGUGAAUUGCGAAAAAGUGGAUUGUUUGAGCAUAAAAAGUUUCAUCAGGCCGGGGAAUUUGAACCACAGUAUGACUGAUGACGAGUUGUUCUGGAGGGCUUCAUUGGUGCCCCAGAAGGAGGAGUUUCCAUUUAGUAGAGUACCACGGGUGGCAUUCAUGUUUUUGACCAGAGGGCCAUUGCCAAUGUUGCCACUUUGGGAGAGAUUCUUCAAGGGCCAGAAUAAGGCGAAGUAUUCAAUUUAUGUGCAUGCUCUUCCGGGAUUUGAGCUCAAUGUGAGUAGUAUCUCUGUCUUUUACAGACGCCAGAUCCCGAGUCAGCGUGUUGAAUGGGGAUCGGUGUCACUGGUUGAUGCAGAGAAACGACUUUUAGCCAAUGCUCUUCUUGACUUCUCGAAUGAGCGAUUUGUUCUUCUAUCAGAGAGUUGUAUUCCAAUUUACAAUUUCCCAAUCAUCUACAAGUAUCUGACUGGAUCCACCCAUAGUUUUGUCGAGUCUUACGACGAGCCUACUCGUUACGGGCGUGGUCGCUACAGCCGGCACAUGCGACCCUAUAUUAGUCUUGCUGACUGGAGGAAAGGGUCUCAAUGGUUUGAGCUUAAUCGUGCUCUGGCUGUCGAAAUAGUAGCGGACAUCAAAUACUACACACUUUUCAAGAAGUACUGUAGGCCUUCAUGCUAUCCUGACGAACAUUUUAUUCCGACUUAUCUGCGCUUGUUCUUUGGUUCACGUAAUGCUAACCGUACAGUGACUUACGUUGAUUGGUCACAAGGAGGUCCGCACCCAGCUACCUUCACUGCUGGUGAUAUAACAGAGAGUUUCAUGCAGUCAAUUAGGAAAAAUGGCACAUUAUGUUCUUACAACUCUGGAAACACUCCUAUCUGUUACCUCUUUGCUAGAAAGUUUGACCCCAGUGCUUUGCAGCCUUUACUGAAUCUCACCUCAAAAGUAAUGGAAUUUUGAAGAUUUUAAUUAUGCAGAAAUGAGGGUGAACUAUUUUCCCACCCUUUUUCUUGAUUUUGGUAGAGCUCGACUUUUUAACAAUUUUGUUUAUAUGAUUAUUGUAGCAGAAUGUAUAGCA